UUUUAUUUCGAUCUGAAAUGUAUAACAUUGGCUCACGCUUGCGACCUGGUUAAAACCCGGUGCCAGUUUCGUGACGAAGGUUAUCCUCUAGAAGACGUUCUAAGUCAUAUCGUUAUUCGUCCAUCUUUAUUGUGAAUAAACGACGCGCACGAAGACGUUAAAUCGAACCAUUCUUAACAUAACAUAACCUCGUAACCUCGCAAAAGAGAGACGUGACAAUCGCUAUUAUCGUCCUAAACUCCGGGAAUGACUUUUAUAUUUAUGAAAGCGAUUAUACAGUGACAAAUUGCUAACGGUGGUGUGUAUAUAAGUACAUAUGUUCUACAUUAUAAAUAGUAUACAUGCAGUAUAGUGUAUAAGCACGGAUGUCGAUCGUUUGAAGAUACAAUGAUGAACAAGAGAAUGACGUGUAAUAAUACCGGAUGAACAUCUUGCAAGUAUUACUAUGGAAUGACAAUUAUUUUCACAAAGUUUCUAGGUGUUAUUGCAUCGUCCAACCGGUUAUAUGAUAAACUCGUUAAAUGGGACUGAGGCAAUGCAUUACAAUAACUUGGAGUGAUUAAUGGAUAGAAGAAAGUGUAUACAAGAGGCUACCAGGUUUUGCAUAAGCAAUUCUUAAAGGAGGAUAAAGCUGUCGGCCACAGAUCGAUAAAGUCAUCAUUUCUGAUAAGGAGGUCAUAAUAAUCCGUCUGCGAAGAUGGUGCUUAAUCAGGAAUCAGCGGAUGCGCAAGGCAGCUGCUUCGUGGUGGAUUGGACCUGACCUAUUUGCAUCAUCACGGGACAAGUGUUCAAGAUCUAUCACGUUAUACUUCGUAACACCGUAGAAUCUCCAUUAUCUCGUAUAUACCGGCUCGUACAAACUGGAUGAACCAUUCAAGUCAUUGGACGAGGUCAUAUAUAUUUCUUAAUGGCGUAUAUAAAUGGAAAAUGUUGCUGAUGGAACGCAUUCCUGAUCAAAUUGGCUAUCUUGUAUUGACGGAGGAUGGUGCUGUUCUAACUUCCGGAGGAGAAUUAGAGAACGAUGAAAGAAUUGCGAAUCUUAUCAUGGGUUUAAUUACAUUAACUGACAAUAUUGAUUCUAAUGCAUUCGCUACAAACGAGAAAUUUGACAAAAUGUCAGUAACGUAUGAUGAUCACUGCUAUAUUAUUAGUCUUUCAAACAAAAAAAUUCAUGUCGUGAAGAAGAAGUUGACAUCCGAUGGUUCGCCACCACCUGCGGCUCCACAACCACUUGUUGAUGAGUAAUUAAGAGAAAUUGAGGAAUUCUUAUGUCUAUGUUAUAUCAUAGUGAUUUUUAAUAUUUUCGGAAAAAUAUAUCAGUAAAUCUAUUGUAAGAUUAAAUUAGAUUUAGGUUGUAAAUUGUAUAUCAUAGUUAUAUUAUACUUGGUACCUUCCCCAAAAUAAUAUGUAAUCUAUGAUUAAAGAAAUUUGCUAGUUAAGAUUUAUAUAUAAUAAAAUUGUAUUGUUAAAUUGA